AUGGAUGAGCCUACUGGAACUCAUUUACUAGAAAUGAGGAAUUUGAAAGGAGAGAUGUCCAUCAAUAAUAAUCCUAGCUUCAAGUCUAAAAAAAGUAUGCUCAUAAGUCCAUUAAUAAGGUAAGUUUUGAAUCGUAAUGGUGAACAAUGUCAUAUAGCUUUCUUAUUAAACAAAUUCAGUAAGUUACUUAUUUGCACAAAUGAAAAAUAUUUCGUCUAAUAAGUUUGUGUAUGGAUCCGGUAACAAGACGGGUCAUUCGAGACACAGAGUUUAAAUGGGGUCAAAGUAUUUCAUUGAUUUUUAUGUCAACUCCAGGGCUGUUCGACGUGGUCUUCGUAUGACAGAGAAAUAUCUGAACGAACAGAAAGAUGUUGAGAAACUGAAAAUCACCGACACAGAUAUAAGUGGAAGGAAUAUCUUUCAUCUCAGUGUUCAGAGAGAGGAAUUGCUUGAGUUUGUGUUGGAGACGUUUGAAAAGGUUUGAUUUUGAACUGCGAUCACAUUGGAUCAGAAUCGUAUGCAAAUUUGGGAGCCAUAGUAAAUCAGCCUGGCAUUAUUUUGACAUACGAGUCUUCGUUUUAUAGCAUGAUCACCUGAUCCAAGCGCUCCACAGCGAAGACGUGAAUGGUUAUACUCCUGCUCAUAUUGCUGUCUUACAUAAUGAAAGAAAGGUAGCAAAGUAUCGACGUCUUUCAUAGCUCAGGAAACAUGGCUAGGAAAUAAUAUUUCUUGGUUUUCCCAGGUUUUCGAGUGUCCUUCAGGACAGGGAAAUGCGAUUGCAAAAUGUUUGGGAAACAAUACAUGACUUAGAAACAAUGUUUCUUCAGGGGGUUUUUUCCGGGCUUAAUCCCGCCUUAACUGUUUUUAUCCAAUUUGAAGUUUCAAUAUAAUUUUAGAGCAUGCACAUACUGGCUGGAGUGGACAAGAAGAUCUACACUAUUCGCAGUACAAAGACAGGGCAGACAUUAAUCCAUUCCGCAGUGAAGUCGUGUAAUCCUUACAUUGUACAAGAUAUCUUAGAAGCAAGACCUGAUGCUUUGUACGACAAAGACAACGAUGGAAAACCUCCACAGCAUUACGCUGCCGCGUUAGAGGAGUGCUUCUUGUUGGAAUUCCUUCUCUCGCACGGAGCUGAUAUUUUUGAGACGUGAGUACUUGAUGUAGCCGCCGGAAGUUGAACAAUGUAUAUUGUCUAUUGAGACGUGAGCAUUUGAUAUAGCAUGGAUAAUGAUAGUCACCGGAACAAUGUAUUUGCAGUUACGAAGUAAGCCAAGGCAACUGGUCAUGCUCUGCUAAUUAACCUGCGUCUUAGCAUGACUUGUUGCUAAUUUGCAACGGCUAGCUCGGCACCAGAGGCUCGGCGCUGUGUAUUUGUCUAUUAUCUGUCUAGUCUAUCUCUCAUUAUUUACAGUCUAUUUUAUCGUCACUACACUGCAUUUAUCAGCGUGGAUAUUUCUUUUUUUUUGUAGCGACAAGAAUAAUUCCACACCAUUCCACAUGGCGGCGGACGCUGGCUCGUUAUCAAAUGUCAAACUGCUGUUUCACGAGGACGAAGAUCUCUUGAGAGCAGAAGAUAACCAAGGAAGAACAGCUCUACACAUUGCUUGCAUGAAUGGCUGCAGAAAUAUUGUGUCCUUUCUUCUUGAGAAUGGCGCAGACCCACUGGUGAAGAUGGAAGGUGGACUGAAUUGUUUGGCGGUGGCUGUGAUGAACAAACAGGAUGACGUAGUGAAGGAGUUGUUGCUUAGCGACCACUGGAAAGAUGUGAGUGGAAUGUACAGUUUUCUUCUUAUCAUCACCACCAUCAUCACCAAUACGAUCAACCCAACCAUCAUCAUUAUCACCACCUUUACCAUUAUCAUCACUACACCAUCACUACCACCAUUGCUACCACCAUCACAACCACCACCAUCAUCACCACCAUCAUCGCUACCAUCAUCACUAACACUACCAUCACCACCAUCAUCAUCACCACCAUCAUCAUCACCACCAUCAUCAUCAUCACCACCACCACCAUCAUCAUCACCAUCAUCAUCACUACUACUACCAUCAACAUCAUUACCACCAUCACUACUACCAUCACUAUCACCACUUCUUCAUUCUUCUAUUAUUCAGUACCCUGCAAACUAAUUUAUUUCUCACUUCAGCUGAUCACUGAAUGGAAUGGAGGAGCAAAAAGAGGUUUUGCACACCUGGUAAACAAGAUGCCAGACAAUGCCAAGAUAUUGUUAGAUCGCUGUGUCGUCAAGAGCGACGAUAAACCUCAAUCGCUUGACUAUCAUAUAACAUACGAUUUCUUCUUGCUGGAGCCAACAGGUAUGUUUUUGUAAUGAAUUAGUCAAUAAUUUAUUUAACCACGUUAUGCUUAGAAGCACGUAAAUAGUUUGUGCAUAGCUGUGUAUCUGACAAACUAUCUUUUUAAUUCAGGCUUCGAAGUGUAAUUCCUCAGUAAUUUUUUUAUCUGUUCAUGGUUUCAUGUUGUGUAUAUUGUCACCUGUCUUUUCCAUUAUUCAAGGUUCCAAACCACCCAUGUUUGAUGGCCUCCAAGCGAUCAUUGAUAACAACGAUGAACAAUGUUUGACUCACAAACUCUGCAAGAAAUAUUUUAGCGUUAAAUGGCGAGAAAAAGGAUGUUAUGUAUAUCUGGCAAAUCUUUUGAUCUAUCUUUGUUUUCAUGUUUUGUUUAAUGUUUAUGUUGCGUUGAUUCGUAGUGCAAUGGCAUUUAGGUUGCUGAAUGCUGCGAGUAAGUCAUUGGAUCCAUUGGAAAGUAUUUUCACUGAUAAAGGCCCAUUUACACUGCACAACUUUUGCCUAAAACUGUCACAUGCAACCUGCUCACAACUCGAGUUGUAGUCUAUAAAUCAAGCGCACAACUCUCCUACAACAAUUCGUAGUUGACUUGUAUCCUUGAUUUACACAGUACAACUCAAGUUGUAAGCAGGUUGCAUGCGACAGUUUUAGGCAAAAGUUGUGCAUGUGUAAUCGGCCUUAAAGAUCCGGGCUUAUGGAUCAAAUGUUUUGUUAAAUAAAUCUCAAUGUUUUCCAAAAAGGAAAACUAUUGUCGUUUAAUUUCCUAGACGCAGUAACAACCAAUGCAACGACUUCUAACAACUCUGUUGUAAGACCUAACCAGCCCGGAGCUAUUGUUGCAACAGCUCUCAUUGUCAUUUUAACAUUGUUCAACAUUUUCAAAGAAUUGGUGCAGGUAUAACUUAUUAUAAUACGUUUAAGUUUUUCUUUGGCAGAUCACCAGUAGCCUGAUGUGGCAUGCCAUUAGACAGAUCUCCAUCUAUAUUACCACGAUCAUACCAUCAUAAUUACCAUUAUUACCACCACAUCAUCAUCAUCAUCACCACCAUCACCACCACCAUCAUCAUCAUCACCACCAUCAUCACCUCGACCACCAUCAUCAUCACUCCCACCCCCAUCAUCACCACCAUCGCCAUCAGCAUCACCACCACCAUCAUCACCAUUAAUAUUAUCAUCACCACCACCCAUUAUUAUCAUCAUUAUCAUCACCACCACCAUCAUCACCAGUAGCCUCGUAUAGAGCUACUGAUAAGACGUUUUGACUAAAUAUUUUAAAUGGUUAGCUUGACGAUUAUCUAACUUCUUUCCAGAUGCAUAGCCAACGUUGGAGAUAUUUUAAACAAUUUUCAAAUUAUUUCGAGUGGACGUUGUAUGUUUGUGUGCUGUACUUUAUGUUCCCAGUGAGGAAAGCAAAAACUGAACGCCAGUUUGUGGCAGCUGCCAUAGCCAACUGUAUAUCCUGGUUUAAUCUCAUCUGGUUCUUGAGACGAAUUCCUGAUAUUGGCACUUACAUUUUGACUUUGCAGAAAGUUUUUAAGACGCUGGUUAAGGUAUAUGGGUUUAUAUCAGGAUUCUGGGCUACUCACACGAUGAAAUUACGUUAUGAAGGUUUUUUUGCUGCUGCAUGGAAAUGUUCCAGUGUAACUUACAUAUAUAUCGAUUCUUCCCAGAGGGCCUACAGUCUUGGUUUGCUCUAAAACAAAAUAAUUUACAUUCGAUCUUCUCCAUCUACAGAAAAUGGCCCUAAACCCUAAACCAGUCAAUAUAACUAAUGGUACAUGAGGUUUGCAGAUAGAAGUUUCGAGUGUACAUUUAAUCAUUUACUAGACCUAACUAGGAGCAGUUGCGAAGGAGUCGAGCCUGCGGUGCUACGAAUCCGCUACAGUGCUCUAACCAACUUAGCUAUAGAGGCCAGUUGUCGAGCUCUAACCUCUUUUUCAUUUUCAGAUGCUUUUACUGAUCGUGCUAUUCUGUAUGGCAUUUGCAUCAACUUUUCAUCUUUUGUUUGCGGAGCACAGUAGAUUCGAAAACUUCCCGAUUGCAGUUUUAAGCACAUUUGUAUCAAUGUUGGGCGAUUUCAAUUAUGAUUCUUUGUUUCUCGAAGCUGGUUAUUAUAAAGAUAUUUAUACUUUUAAACUUCUAAUGUUUAUAAUGUUUGUUUUGCUGAUGGUGGUCGUUGUGAACAACGUCUUGAUUGGCUUGGCUGUUGGCGACACGACGUAUGUCAUGAGUAUGGCUAAAGUGAAAAGAUUGAGACAGCAUGUAAGUUGGGAAAGAUGUAAAGGUUUAGCUUCUUUAGUUAAACUACACACGCAAAAAUCUCACAUCUUGUAGCAAGUCUGCCAACAAGUCGUCAACAAGUUGUGUUCGCACUGCUUGUCCCAAGUUGUCAACAAGUUUGGGACAAGCUGUUAACAACUUGUAACAACCUUGUUGAUGUUACCAGACUUGUUGCAAGAUUGUUCCAACAAGUCCGAUCGAUACAGUCAUGAUAUAGCAGUAUUGUUGCAACCUUGUGUCAUCAACCUUGUAACAUUCUUGUUAUAUCAUGACUGUAUCAGACUUGUUAGAACAACCUUGCGACAAGUCUGAUAAUCAAGCUUGUUACAAGUUGUUAACAGCUUGUUCCAAACUUGUUACAACAACUGGGAACAAGCAGUGCGAAGACAACUUGUUGACACCUUGCCUGAACAGAUUUGUAACAACUUGUCUGCAGAUCUAUAAACAACUUGUGCGUUUUUACAUGUGUAACCUAACUUCAUUUUGUUACUGAAGGAUAAAAAAUGUACUCAAACUAAAUUUAUUGAUACUGGACAGCUCUAAUUGUUAUAAACUGUUCUCCAUAUAUUUCCAGUUAAGGCCAUAUUUUAUUGGUACAGUAUUAUACACAGGAGGAACCUUAGAUAAACUAGUUUUAUUUGAACUUAAUAGUUCUAUCAGUUCUAGACUGUUCUUCCCAGAGGUCUAGUAAGAGCCAUCCCUCAUUGAUUCUAGAAAAUCUUGAAACCUUUUUGUUACAUUCAAACUAGAAGCAUUCUUUUCAUAUGCGACUGAAGACGGUAUUAUAGUCAAAGCCAACUAAAUAAUAAUCCUAUUUUGUAGAUGAAAUUUAUAAUGGAAGUCGAAUCAUCACCAUUUGCAAGACUACCAUGCUUCAAAAGAAAGGAAGACACGAUCGUCACAGAGUAUCCUAACCACAAGAAAUCAUUCACGGACAAUGUCAACCGAUUUUUGGCUGGUGAAACGACCACGUUUUAUAACGUUGAUGAAGUUGAUGAUGAAGGUGGCGAUGAUGUUCUGACACAGGAUAAAAUUGAGGAAAUGGUGCAAACGAGGUUGGAGAAUUAUCAUAAGAAAAUGAUGCAAGAGUUGAAAGAUUUUCAUUCGGACAUGGUGGAGAAAUUGGAGGAGAUGCAGGGGUCAUCCUAG